UUUACGGCAUCCCGCCAUUUUACUUUUCACAAACACAAGCAGCUAUUCAGCUUGCACACAUUCAGAUACUUGUCGCCAUACGGCCUCGGCACCCCGAAGCUUCUUGUUUUCGACUCUCGCUUGAGUAGGUUGGUCCAGAAGAACUACAUCGCGCUCUGGUUCGCGUGGUUCAUGGUCUGACAUUUUGGAAGACAUUGGAGGAGAUAAGGUGAAGGAUGACGCAGUUUUUACCCCCGAACCUGCUGGCCCUGUUCGCUCCGCGGGACCCCAUCCCCUUCCUGCCCCAGUUGGAGAAGCUGCCCCACGAGAAACACCACAACCAGCCGUACAGCGGCAUUGCACCGUUUAUCAGGCACUUCGAGGAUCCAAGAGAUGCUCCCCCACCGACAAGGGCAGAGACGCGUGAUGAACGGCUAGAGCGGAAGAGGCGAGAGAAGAUUGAGAGGAGACAAACCGUGGUGGAGACGGAACUCAAGCUUUGGGACCCCCAUAACGACCCCAAUGCACAAGGGGAUGCCUUCAAAACAUUGUUUGUUGCACGAGUGAACUAUGAUACGACAGAGUCCAAACUUCGCCGUGAGUUUGAGGUCUAUGGCCCCAUCAAGCGGAUUUACAUCGUCUACAACAAGAGGACGGCAAAGCCCCGGGGCUAUGCAUUCAUAGAGUAUGAGCAUGAGCGAGACAUGCAUUCCGCCUAUAAGCAUGCAGAUGGGAAGAAGAUUGACGGCAGGAGAGUGCUGGUUGACGUGGAACGUGGACGCACUGUAAAGGGAUGGCACCCUCGCAGACUGGGUGGUGGACUGGGGGGCACUAGAAGAGGUGGAGCAGAUGUCAACAUCAAGCACUCGGGCCGGGACGAUGCAUCACGUUAUGACGAGCGUCCCAUAGUAGGUGAUCGGGAACCUCGGGAACCUCGGGAACCCCGGGAGCGCAGGGAGCGCAGCCGGGAACGCGACCGGGACAAAGACAAGGACAAGGAGAGGGAGCGCCGACGAACCCGAUCCCCUCGAUCCCGCGAGCGCCGUCGCCGUACUCGAUCCCGCGAGCGAGAGAGGGAGAGAGAGAGACCGAUAGGAGGUGUUGGUGGAGGAGGAGCAGGAGAGGAGGUCAGUGCUAGUGGCGGCCGGCGUCGAGAGCGGGAGAAGGACCGCGGGGGGGCUGUGGGAGGAGACAGCAGGAGUAGGGAGAGGAGUCGAGAACGAAAGAGAAGGAGCAGGAGCAGGGAUCGCAAGAAGGAGCGGGAGAGAGGAGGCAAGGGGCCGGAAGGGGAGGAGGUCGGCCAGAUAGACGGAGCUCCUGAAGGCGGUGAGCGCAUCCUGGAGGAAAACGAAGGAGAAGUGGGUGAAGGCACGGAGGAGCGUAGGGACAGAGACAGAGACAGGGAGCGCAGGCGGAGCCACAGGGACAGAGAGAGGCGCAGGGGGGACCGGGACAGAGACAGGGAACAUAAGAGGGAGCGGGGGGAGAGGGACAGGGGGGAUCGCAGGGAGGAGCGCCACGGAUCCCAACGAGACAACAUGGGGCCUCAAGAUGAAGGGGCCAACGAGGAGGGGGGAACAGCGCCUCCACACAUGGAGGAGUACAGUCAGGAUGGCAUGAUGGACCAGCAGUCGGUGCCAUCGGCUGACGGCUACGUCUCCAGUGAAAAUGGCUACAAGAUGGAGGCCCCAGGAGACGAGUACUGAGACGUCCCCCUCAUAAAUAAGUUGCUUCAUACUCUGCCCUUCACUUUUACUAUCUCAUAGGAAGCCUUCCCUCCAGCUAGGCUCCUCCUCUUAAUACUGUUGCACGCACAGUUGAUGCGUUGAACUAAUUUGGUCCUUUCUGCAUUGCCCAACUAAUCCGUGCCACUUGUUAUCAGAUUAUUGAUUCACAUGUUUUUUUCCCUUUCCACUUGGUUUGGUAAGAACUGUAGGAACACACGCUCUAUUUGUUUUUUAGAAGGGUGGAUUGUGUUUUUUCAUUUCCAGAUUGAAUAAACCGAUUUAUACUCCUUUGACAAAUAUCCCCUCAGUGUAUGUCCAAGAUGGAGAUGAAGUAUUGUGAGACAACUGAGGGCUGCUCUGUUUGUUCAUUCUGGAAUGAUUUCUUUUAAUUGUCUGCUGUUGGUAUGUUAGAUUUGCAAGUUAAUUUUAAUAAAGAUGUGGCUUAAAGCCAAAACUACA